UAUAUAUCGUGGUCAAAGUGUCUGCUAAUUGGCAUUGCGAAUACUGUUACAAGCUGGUUUGUUCACUGGCUCCUCGCUCGCUUUGCUACGUUCCUCGUGCAGCUCGGUUGAGUACGUGUUGGUUGGUGCAAUGUACGUAGUCCGUUGCAUGUGUUGGUAGGGAGAGUGUUGCGCUGCACGGGUGUGAAACUCUGAGUUGGGUUCGUUGGCUGGUACUCCUACUUGAAUGGAGCAAGGAAGGGAGGGGCUGAUGGGGAGCAUGUGCGGGAGGCGGCCGAGAGCGGAGACGCGCCACCCUGUGUACCGCGGCGUGCGGUUCCGGGCGGGGAAGUGGGUGUCGGAGAUCCGGGAGCUGCGCAAGCACACCAGGAUCUGGCUCGGCACCUACCCGACGCCCGAGAUGGCCGCGGCGGCGUACGACGCGGCCGCAUUGGCCCUGCGUGGCGCGGGGACAGCGCUCAACUUCCCGGACGCGGCGAGGUCGCGCCCGGCGCCGGCGUCCAUGUCCGCCGACGAUGUCCGUGCCGCGGCGGCCGCUGCCGCCGCGGCCGCGAUGGGCAGCACCUGGACUUCUCAUCGGGGCGACCAAUGCUAUGAUGAUCAGCCGCGUGGAGGCGAGUCGCACAGGCGUGAGCUUGACGACACGGUCGGCGUCGUGGACGAGGACGACGUGUUCGAGAUGCCGCGGCUGAUGGUGAGCAUGGCGGAGGGGCUGAUGAUCAACCCGCCGGUGCUGGGCACAGCGGCGGCAGACGGUUGCUCGGCGGCGUCGUACUACGCGGAAGCUGAGGAUGAGGGCGCCGUGAGCUUGUGGGAUCACUCUUGAUCGAUCACGUAAUGGAGAUAGUGGAGGAGGGUGUGACUAAGACCGAUAGGGACGCGCGCCAUGAGCCCAUGACCUGCUGGUGGCGAUGUGGGAUCGCCCGUGAUGUGGACGGACGAAUGUUUGUUGGCCAAACGUAGUAUAUAUGUACGCUCUGUAACUGUAAUGCGCCAUGUAGUACGUAGCAUGGAUGUGAAAUGGAUGGUUGGGACACAACAUGGA